AUGACGAAAGGUGGGAAAGUAGCUGUGACUAAGGGCUCAGCACAGAGUGAUGGUGCUGGUGAGGGAGGGAUGAGUAAGGCCAAGUCAUCCACUACGUUCGUCGCCACUGGCGGUGGUUCUUUGCCUGCCUGGGCGCUAAAGGCUGUAAGCACGAUUGUGAGUGCAGUGAUUCUUAUAUACUCUGUCCAUCGUGCUUACGAUAUACGACUUACUUCUGUCCGUCUUUAUGGUGAGCUUAUUCACGAGUUCGACCCUUGGUUCAAUUACCGUGCAACGCAGUACCUCAGCGACAACGGGUGGCGUGCUUUUUUCCAAUGGUACGACUACAUGAGCUGGUACCCGCUUGGCCGACCGGUGGGCACAACCAUCUUCCCCGGAAUGCAGCUUACCGGUGUAGCCAUUCAUCGUGUGCUGGAAAUGCUCGGGCGAGGUAUGUCCAUCAACAAUAUCUGUGUGUACAUUCCUGCAUGGUUCGGUAGUAUUGCCACUGUGUUGGCUGCUCUCAUUGCGUACGAAUCAUCUAAUUCGCUCAGUGUCAUGGCGUUUACUGCGUACUUUUUUUCCAUCGUACCUGCACACCUGAUGCGAUCAAUGGCUGGUGAAUUUGACAAUGAGUGUGUUGCAAUGGCGGCGAUGCUUCUGACGUUCUACAUGUGGGUACGAUCGUUACGCAGCUCAAGUUCGUGGCCCAUUGGCGCUUUAGCUGGUGUGGCAUACGGGUACAUGGUGUCCACGUGGGGUGGUUAUAUUUUCGUGCUGAACAUGGUAGCCUUCCACGCUUCUGUAUGUGUACUGCUUGAUUGGGCUCGUGGGAUAUACAGCGUCAGUUUGCUGAGGGCGUAUUCACUGUUUUUUGUCAUUGGCACUGCCCUUGCGAUUUGCGUACCGCCAGUGGAGUGGACGCCCUUCCGGUCGCUGGAGCAACUGACAGCAUUGUUUGUCUUCGUUUUCAUGUGGGCACUCCACUACUCGGAAUACCUGCGUGAGCGUGCCCGAGCGCCCAUUCACUCUUCUAAAGCACUUCAGAUCCGUGCCCGCAUUUUCAUGGGCACCCUCUCCUUGCUGUUGAUUGUGGCAAGUUUGCUUGCCCCGUUCGGAUUCUUCAAACCUACAGCGUACCGCGUCCGUGCGUUGUUCGUGAAACAUACGCGUACCGGAAAUCCCCUCGUGGAUUCUGUGGCUGAGCAUCGGCCGACGACUGCCGGGGCGUAUCUGCGCUACUUUCAUGUUUGUUACCCUCUUUGGGGGUGCGGUGGGCUCUCUAUGUUGGUAUUCAUGAAAAAGGACCGCUGGCGCGCCAUUGUUUUUCUUGCUUCACUUUCCACUGUUACGAUGUAUUUCAGCGCCCGUAUGUCGCGAUUACUUCUGUUAGCGGGUCCCGCAGCAACGGCUUGCGCCGGCAUGUUCAUAGGGGGGCUUUUUGAUCUGGCGCUGUCACAGUUUGGUGAUUUGCAUAGCCCAAAAGAUGCCUCCGGCGAUUCCGAUCCCGCGGGAGGGUCGAAGCGGGCAAAGGGCAAAGUUGUUAAUGAGCCUUCCAAAAGAGCCAUCUUUAGUCACCGCUGGUUUCAACGUUUAGUGCAAUCGUUGCCCGUCCCGCUACGACGUGGUAUCGCGGUUGUGGUGCUCGUAUGUCUCUUCGCCAAUCCCAUGAGACACUCAUUCGAAAAGUCCUGCGAGAAAAUGGCACAUGCACUUUCAUCUCCAAGGAUCAUUGCCGUGACUGAUCUACCCAAUGGAGAGAGAGUCCUCGCCGAUGAUUACUACGUGUCGUACUUGUGGCUGCGAAACAAUACGCCUGAAGAUGCCCGUAUUCUCUCAUGGUGGGACUACGGGUAUCAAAUCACUGGAAUUGGCAAUCGCACAACCCUUGCGGACGGUAACACAUGGAGUCACAAGCACAUAGCAACUAUUGGGAAGAUGCUUACAUCCCCUGUGAAGGAGUCACAUGCUCUUAUACGCCAUCUCGCUGAUUAUGUGCUGAUAUGGGCCGGUGAGGAUCGGGGCGAUUUACUUAAAUCGCCACACAUGGCUCGGAUAGGCAACAGUGUAUAUCGCGAUAUGUGUUCAGAAGACGAUCCUAGAUGCAGGCAGUUCGGCUUUGAGGGAGGUGACCUCAAUAAGCCUACGCCUAUGAUGCAGCGGUCCCUAUUAUACAAUCUGCACAGGUUUGGUACGGAUGGCGGGAAGACACAACUGGAUAAGAACAUGUUUCAGCUCGCCUACGUGUCAAAGUAUGGUUUGGUGAAGAUCUACAAGGUGGUGAAUGUGAGUGAAGAGAGCAAGGCGUGGGUCGCAGACCCAAAGAACCGCGUAUGCGACCCGCCCGGAUCUUGGAUAUGCGCCGGCCAGUACCCGCCAGCGAAGGAGAUCCAAGACAUGUUAGCGAAGCGGUUCCAUUACGAAUGA